UACCCAGUCAGUCACCCUCACCCCUCCUCGCGACCCCCCUUCUGCGUUCUCUCCAUCUUCUCUGCACCCAGCCAGCCACCUCCGAACACCUCCCUCGCCACUGUCCGUUUCACCUCGCCGUCCCACUCACUGCGCCAUCACCGCACCGCGCCAUUCCCCCUCUGCUGCACUGCUGCGAGUUUAUCUUUUCCCCUUUUCCUUCGCCAACGUCGCUGCUCCGUUGAGUCCGUUCAACUGCUGCGCCGCUGCCGUCGUGCAUUGCUACUCCGCGUCUCUGCUCUUCUUUUCACCGGCGUCUCUCACCUCUCUGGCCAUUUCUCUCCUGUCCGUGUCCCAAUAUAGGUGGGGUUGGAGCCUUGGAGGAAUCAUCAAAUCACUAAUUUGGACUUUGGAGUCCAAAUCCAAAUCAUCAAAACUGUGAAUACUUUCUGUUUGCAUUUGUUGUGUUCUGCUGCUUCCAGGUAAGUCAGGAUCGAAAAUUCCAAUUCUUUGGAACUAUGAGAUGGAUAUGGGAGAUUUAAGAGUUUAGGUUUCAGAUUAGUUGUCAGUGAUGGAGCAUGGGUCACACUCUGAUCAGAGUAAAUCAACUUUUUCUCUGGCAGAUGAGGAUCAUACAUUUGCAAAUUCUAUGAGAUUCACAUUAAAUCAAGAUCCAAGAGUUACAUUUUGUGGGUACAGCAUUCCUCAUCCGUCCGAUAACCGCGUUAACAUCAGAGUCCAGACAACAGGGGAUCCGGCACGAGAAGUUUUAAAGGAUGCAUGUCAAGAUUUGAUGCUUAUCUGCCAACAUGUAAGGAGCACUUUUGAUAAGGCUAUCAGUGAUUUCAAAAAGAGCGAGACUGUAGAGAUUGAUGAUUCUGAAUAGUAAUAUUUUCUAGUUAUACACUUGGUUGUUAUUCUGUUGAGUGUUGAUUCCCCACUGUAUAUGGUUGGCAUCAAAUUUUCAUUAAUAUAAAAGCCCGUUUUGCUUUCAAUGAUGAUGUGUUGGAGACAAGACAAGGGGCCUUCUAUUCCUAUUUGUUACUUUGGUUAAUACACGAAGUCUUUUAAUUUUUUCUUUAGCAAAUUAAUGACUUUUGAUUACCACA